CUCCAUUGAUUUUUAGAAGCGCAAAGCCUAAUGGACGUGUAACGCAGAGGUUUUUUUCUGUUCUGGACAUAAGAAGCUGCUGGAGGAAGUAGUCAACACACUGUAAAACACACCUCAGUCGGAGCAUCUGUGCCUCCGUAGCUGAAAAGACAAAAUGACGUCAUCGACGCUCAUUUCAAACCUCACACAGGAAUGGGUGGAGAGCCUGCUGAGGUGGCACCUGGAUUUGUUAUCCAUCCCAGCCACAGUCAUCACUCUGGCCACCUUGCUGGCCGACCCCGUUCUCCUAACAUGCAUUUUCCUGUCCCGUGCCCUGCGUCAGGAGACGCGUUACCUGCUGAUGGCCAACACCCUGACGGCGGACAUGCUCUUCCUCGUCCUCAACCUGGCCAUGGUGAUCUGUAACGCCACGAGAGCUCAGAUGUCCUGGCUGGUCUGUCAGCUGAUCACAGCCGUCACCGUCACCACCUACAGCUGUGCCAUCCUCACCAUCACCCUGAUGGUGGUCGACACCUACGCUGCGGUUCGCUGGCCCCUCCGUUACCAUGACCUUCUUCCACCUGCCCGCACCCACCGCAUACUGCUGGGGGUGUGGGUGCUGGCAGCCCUGUACCCUCUCAGCCUGGUGAUCAUGAUGGAGGUGGAGAGGGAAAACUCGCACGAAAGGGUGGCUGUGUGUCUGGUCCUCAUCUCCCUUGGCUUUAUUCAGGUCAAGAACAUAGGGUGGAUCUACGUCUACUUCUUCGUAACUGCGGUCAUGUGUGCCAUACUCAUUUUUGUCUGCUACAUUCGGCUCUACAUGGUAACAAGGACCCAGGGCAUCUGGCAGAGCCGCUUCUCCAGGGCCCGGGUCACACUGCUGGCUCACGGGGUCCUUCUCCUGCUCUACUUUUCCCCCGGCUUUGUUUUCAUCAUGGAGCUCUACCUGUUCCAGAGGAAAGACAUAAGUCAGGAUCUACGAGUGUGGGUCAGCACAGUCAAUAUGUGUGUCUUCAUGUUGCUGCCCAGGGCGUUCGCUCCAUAUCUGUAUGGGCUGAGGUACAGGGAGAUCUCUGACACUCUGAUGCAGUGGCUGCACCAGCACAGGAGACUCAGCCAGACCACAGUUUCAUGAAGACACCUGCAAACUGUCCGUUAUUCAAAUUUCUUUCAUGGAAUUGAUUGUGAUGUACAUAUUUUCAGUUUUCUCAGUUGCCCUCCAAAAAGACAAAGAUGUAACUGCAAGGGCAGUAGUCAGGAUGAGUCAAAAUCCCCCCAGUGCAUUUAUUUUUAUUUUGACUAGCCAUCAAAAACAGAGUCUAUUUAUUACAAUAUAAUGUUCGUUGGUGAAUAUUGUCUAAAUGCUGUUUCAAAACUCUCCCCAAAUUCCAAAUUUGGCCUACAGCUAUCAUAUUUAAGAACACUGAUUGUAAAACACCAUGCGUAAUUUGUGUCUAAAUAUAGAA